GAGUGACUUUCCCUGGUUCGGAUCGAUCUGGAGUCUGGAGAUACUCGUCGGAGAUAGGUCGAAUUUUGGCAAACGAUAAUUUUUGCAACAUAUUAGAGCCCGUACAAUCUGGACCGAAGCGAUUGAUUGACCGAGUCGCAGUAGCGAGCGAUCGUUGGUGUCGUGCGGAGUUCUAGUCUCGGGCAGUGCGCUGAAUCUGUGAUUUUCUUGUCAAGGAACAAAAUGGUCUCAUCCGGCAUGUGCUUGAUGCUGCUGUUAGCUGGCAUCCACGUAGCUUUGACUGCACCAACUCGACGACGCCAAGAAUCGGAAGGAUGUUCGAGGAGUUCACUCGACUUGAGUGACUGCGUCGGAAACUCGAUUCAGCAUUUCGUCAACUUCAUGGCUAGCGGAAAACUCUCCCCGAAAGUUUCCGUUACACCAUUCGAUCCUCUUCUGCUCCCAAAUAUGACUAUCACCCAUCAGAGCAAAGAGUUCAAGGCGGUAUUCGUCAAUCGGUAUCUAGUUGGACUGAAAAACAGCUUCGUUCAUGACACGAGCGUUGAUCUCAAAAAGAAAGAACUGAGCCUCACCUUGCUGAUGCCUGCUUUGGAGUUGCUUGGAAUGUACACCACCGAGUCCAUCGACAACCACGAGGCGACGGAGAAUACAAUCCUGACCAUUUCAAUCAGGAGUUCGGCGGCCAAAUUCCGGGCACGAGGUGACCUGUACAAAGCAUCCACCGGCUUCGAUCACAUCCGGCUGAACGUGACGGACAUCGAGCUGGUGAUGGGCCACUACAUGAUCAACGAUCUGGACCACAGCACCCACAUUCCCCGGACGAAUCGGCACUUUGACAGUGUGUCCCGGCCGGAAUUUGUCAAACUCAUCGAAAAGGACCUGCGGGUGCAGCUGGGAGCCCGACUGCAGCACAUCGCCAACGAAGUGUUAGCAUUGGCACCGUAUCAAAAGCUCUUUCCCGUAUGAUCUCGCACAAAGUCGGCCUCAAUAAAACACUGAGAAAAUAACAA